AACUAGCAAUGUGUUAAAUUAAAAAAACAAACAAACCAUAUAUCUAUCUAUCUUUCUUUAUAUAUACUCAACUAGUCCCUUCUUGUAGUCCUAUCCUCCCUUUCUCUCACCCUUCAACAAUGGCUUCCGAGAAGGUUGAGACAGUUGUUGCUGGGAAUUACUUAGAAAUGGAGAGAGAAGAGGAAGAUUCAAAAUCUGCUGCUAGCAAACUUUCUAGCCUCAUCUGGCAUGGUGGUUCUGUCUAUGAUGCAUGGUUUAGCUGUGCUUCUAAUCAGGUUGCACAAGUGCUAUUAACACUGCCAUAUUCAUUUUCACAACUUGGGAUGGUGUCUGGGAUUAUAUUUCAGCUUUUUUAUGGACUCAUGGGAAGUUGGACCGCAUACCUCAUAAGUGUUCUUUAUGUUGAGUAUAGAACAAGAAAGGAGAGGGAAAAGGUUGAUUUUAGAAACCAUGUAAUUCAGUGGUUUGAAGUUCUUGAUGGACUUUUAGGCAAACACUGGAGGAAUCUUGGUCUCUUUUUCAACUGUACUUUCCUUCUCUUUGGAUCUGUUAUUCAACUAAUUGCUUGUGCAAGUAACAUAUAUUACAUAAACGACAAUCUGGACAAGAGAACCUGGACAUACAUAUUUGGAGCAUGCUGUGCAACAACAGUGUUCAUACCAUCUUUCCACAAUUAUAGGAUAUGGUCAUUCUUGGGUUUGUUAAUGACUACUUACACAGCAUGGUACAUGACCAUAGCUUCCCUUAUGCACGGCCAGGUUGAAGGGGUGAAGCACUCAGGGCCAACCAAGUUGGUUCUCUAUUUCACCGGUGCUACAAACAUUCUCUACACUUUUGGUGGACAUGCUGUUACAGUGGAAAUCAUGCAUGCAAUGUGGAAGCCACAGAAGUUUAAGAUGAUAUAUCUGAUAGCAACAUUGUAUGUGUUGACACUAACAUUGCCAUCAGCUUCAGCAGUGUAUUGGGCAUUUGGAGAUCUGCUUCUAACACAUGCCAAUGCACUCUCAUUGCUCCCAAGAACAGGGUUCAGGGACACAGCCGUAAUUUUGAUGCUGAUUCACCAGUUCAUAACAUUUGGGUUUGCAUGCACCCCACUAUACUUUGUGUGGGAGAAAUUCAUUGGUGUUCAUGAGACGAAGAGCUUGUUCAAGAGAGCAUUGGCCAGGCUUCCUGUGGUCGUACCAAUUUGGUUCCUUGCAAUCAUAUUCCCCUUCUUUGGUCCCAUCAAUUCAACCGUUGGAUCUCUCUUGGUCAGCUUCACUGUUUACAUCAUCCCUGCCUUGGCUCACAUGAUCACUUUCGCUCCCGCCCCUGCUAGAGAGAAUGCUGUGGAGAGACCACCAUCAAUGUUAGGAGGUUGGGUAGGAUUGUACUCCAUGAAUGUGUUUGUGGUGGUAUGGGUUUUGGUGGUAGGGUUUGGGUUGGGAGGAUGGGCAAGUAUGCUUAAUUUCAUUCACCAAAUCAACACUUUCGGACUCUUUGCAAAGUGCUAUCAAUGUCCCCCUCACAACAAGCCUUCAAUUAAAUUAAAUUAAAUUAAGUUCCUAAUUUUCCCAAUUUCUACUUAUAUUUUGAGAUCGCCAUACAUGUGUGUAAAGAGAUUGCCAUUUGUAUUUUUUUUUUAAUUUUACUUUUCUCUUCUUUUUUUCAUUUUUUUAUUUUACUACUAGCUACUAUAUUAAGCUAAUUGGUGUUAAUUGUGUCAACUAAAAAAGGGAGUGAUGGCAAUCAUGGCCACCCCCUAUUAUUAUUAUUAUUAUUAUUAUUAUUAUUAUUAUUAUUAUACGAAAUCAGAUUUAGAAUUUCGUGUGGGGGUUAAUCAUUAUUUCAUGUUGUGAUAAUUUAGAUCUUUAUAUUAUCCAAAAUAUACUACUCAUAA